GACUAAAUUUGGAAAACACGUCACAUGACGUCUUCCCUCCGAGAAAAAGGCGAUUACCUUGAGAAGGCCCAAAAGUUUAUUUCAUACAAAGCCUCGGAUCCAUAAUGCAACGGAAAUCCUUGUGGGGUUCUUACAAAUCGCUCUCGCCUCGUACACGAAUGUACCUCGGUAUUGGCGGUAUGGCAUUUGCUACUGCUGGCAUGCUGCUUUCUGACUAUCUCGAAGAAAAGCGACCAGCCACUGAACUUGAAAAGGAAGAACUUGAGAUCAUGUCUCCCAUAGUUGUCGUGGAUCACGUCGAUCAUUCCAAACGAUGA